GAAGAAGAAGAAGAAGAAGAAGAAGAAGAAGAAGAAGAAGAAGAAGAAGAAGAAGAAGAAGAAGAAGAAGAAGAAGAAGAAGAAGAAGAAGAAGAAGAAGAAGAAGAAGAAGAAGAAGAAGAAGAAGAAGAAGAAGAAGAAGAAGAAGAAGAAGAAGAAGAAGAAGAAGAAGAAGAAGAAGAAUCACGCUUCGGAGUGUUUCGACACAUCUGCGCUUCAGGAACUCGCAAAGCUUCGGAACGACUGUUUCGCGUCAGCCAUCCCUACCAUGAAGUCGAUUCUAGUGAUGGGAGAAACGAAGCUUCGAAACCGACCAUCACUAGUCGAUACUACAAAGAUGACACUCCAGCCCUUCCGGACUGCAAUAGGUUGUAUUCCCAAUUGUCUCCGCUCGUACAGCGAAGUCGAUCAAAUCAGAAAGUCUAAGGAGAUCGAUGAAAGCCUUUCUCGCGAGAAGACCUAUGUGGAGAAAAUGGUGAAGAUAUUGUUGUUAGGAGCUGGCGAAAGUGGCAAGUCAACUCUCCUCAAACAAAUGCGCAUAAUUUAUGGGCAGGACUUCGAUCAGCGGGCCAAAGAAGAGUUCCGGGCUACGAUCUACAGCAAUGUUAUCAAAGGUAUCAGGGUACUGGUGGAUGCCCGUGAGAAACUUCAUAUUCCUUGGGGAGACCCCGAUAACCAGGUCCAUGGGGAGACGGUUAUGGCUUUUGACACCCGCUCAUCCAUGAUGGCCAAAGAGAUGGUGGAGACCAAAGUCUUUAUGAACUACUUGCCCUCCAUCCGUGCACUGUGGCAAGACAGCGGUAUUCAGAAUGCUUAUGACAGACGGCGAGAGUUUCAGCUGGGUGAAUCUGUGAAAUACUUUCUGGACAAUGUGGAUAAACUUGGAGAACCGGAUUACUUGCCCAGCCAAAAAGAUAUACUUCUGGCACGGAAGCCCACCAAGGGUAUCGAUGAGUAUGAUUUUGAGACCGAGAAUGUUCCUUUCAAGAUGGUAGAUGUGGGAGGGCAGCUGUCGGAGCGUAAGCGAUGGUUCGAGAACUUUGACGGCAUAACCUGCAUCCUCUUCCUAGUCUCAUCCAGCGAGUACGAUCAAGUGCUUAUGGAGGAUCCGCAGACCAACAGGCUCUCUGAGUCGCUCAAUAUCUUCGAGACGAUCGUCAACAAUCAUGUCUUCUCCAACUUCUCCAUCAUCCUUUUGCUCAAUAAGACAGACUUGCUGGAAGAGAAAGUUGAGAAAGUGAACAUCAAGGACUAUUUCCCAGAGUUCACCGGGGAUCCCCACAAACUCCUGGAUGUGCAGACGUUCCUGAUGAAGUGCUUCCGUAACAAAAACGCGCACUGGGAUGAUUAUUAUAACCCUCUUUACUAUCACUUCACCACUGCCAUUAACACAGAAAACAUUCGCCUCGUCUUCCCUAAUGUCAAAUACGACAUCUUAAAUUACAAUAUUAAAACUUAUUAGUUAAUUUAGUAAAUUUCUUAAAGCCACUCUUGAAUUAGAUGUUUACAUUUUAGAUUAUGUUUCAAAAUGAUGUACUUACCCAGAGCGUCUAUUCUAAAUCGAUUAGCAAGCCAAGCAACAAUGUCUUCUCCUGAAGGAUCAAGAUAUACAAUAAACAUUUUAGUGACAGUACAUGCAUAACACUUAAGCGCAAUAAAAACUCUUAUCAGUGGGUGGGAAGGCUGGCCUUUAUAUUGAAUGUUUCCACCUACAGACACAACAAAGAAAAAAUCCAUAGAAUGAGAAGUCACCUGACUGGAGAUCAAUACUAUCAUACUAAUAUCAGGAAAUAUGAAACAUAUUAAGAAACUAUUUUUAAAACAGAGGAUUAAAAAAUAAUUGAAAAUCACUGGAUUAAAAGGGAUAAUGGAGGCAAAUAUUGAACAUAGAGAAGCAAAACAGCUGAUGUAUUAAACAAGCAAAAUUCCACUAUCCACUAUGUUAAACCUUCAUGUUUACAUAUUUGUUUAAAGCGUAACUAAACCCCUGGGGCCCGUUCUUCGUACAUCCGAGAUCAAAUGAGACAUCCGAGAUUUUCAGAUCUCGCUAAUUAUGAUCUUGCUUAUCCGGUUCUUUGAACACCACUGCUGUUGAUGAUUAGUAUGGCAGGAUUGAAUUAUCUGAGAUCAUUGCCUGUUCGUGCACUGCAAGAAAAGGCAAAACAUAUCGAUAGUAGAAACACUGAUCAGCCACGCUGAUUGGCUGGUUGUUACAAUAGCCAAGAACAUGCCCAUUAUUAACCCCUGCAGUCUAAGAGCUAUUGAUGAUAGGUUGUGAACUUUUUUUAAAGCUGAAUUUGUAAACUCCGUUAAAGCUACUUUUUUACAUAAAAUCACCCUACAUAAUGUAAAAUAUUCUGUGUAAUAUAAUCUUGAUAUCUUUAUUAUGCUUGUCAAAGAUUGAAAUUAAUGAUUGUAAUUAAACUUUGGUGCUCCUUAUUAAAGUACUUUAAGUCUCUUUUAAAACAGUUAAAUGCUAUUUUGUCUGUUUGUAACAGCAACUUAAAAAGCAGAAUAAAAAACACAGGUGGUAGUCCUGCAUCUUCAUGUG